CUGUUACUCAACGUAGGUCGAAGUUUUGUUUACGCUGGAUAUCUUAAAGAAGCAAAUUCCUUUAGCAUGACAACCUGCAAAUAAAGAGCCUGACCUCCCCUAGCUCUGCAGUAUUCAGAGAGGGAACAAGUGCGUGAGUUACAGUUUAAACACUGUAGAGGUCAUGGCUCGUCCACUGACUACUGGAAGACUUUGACUGUGAGGUUUGUUUGGCAAAGCUUUUAUGGGCUAUUAAGUUGCAGUAUGUAACUAUUUCUUUUCUGCACUGUAGGUGCUUGACACCCACAGGCAUCAGGAUCAUUAUACACCACUGAAAGCAUUUAACAAACUGAUUGUAACUUCAGUGGGGAUGUCUCGUAGUUUCUGAUGAGUCUCUGCACUGCCUGAGAGAGACAUGGAGGCUUUUGAGGGAAUUCACCGCGUCCAGAUUUCCUCUUCUCCGCCGUCUUCGACAACAGCAAGCCCAGGAUAUGAAGUCCUCAAAGUAGGCAGAUCUGGAAUAGCAGUAUAUUCCUCUACAGUCUUUUUCGGCACGCCGGAUGUCCUGGGAAAGCCAGCUGUCAGACAAGUCAAGUCCAGCAGGGAAGCUGAGGAGGAAGGCUGUGUUGUUGGACGGUUGGUAGAUCUGGAUCCAGAGCCAGAGUCCAGAGUGGAGGGAGGAGGCCAGGCUGGGCCCACCUCAGGCAGAGACCAUGGCGACCUCUCCCGGCUUCGUAGCUCCUCGCUGGAGAUCAAAGAAAAAGAAAUCAGAGAAAAGGGCUCUGAGAUCCUCAGGGAACAGCUGGACGCUGCAAAGAGGGAACUGAAACUAAAGGACAAGGAGUGCGAGCGCCUGUCGCAGGUCAGGAAUCAGCUGGAGCAGGAGCUGGAGGAGCUGACUGCCAGUCUGUUUGAGGAAGCUCACAAGAUGGUGCAUGAAGCUAACGUCAAACAAGCGGCAGCAGAGAAACAACUGAAGGAGGCUCAUGGGAAGAUUGAUGUUCUGCAAGCAGAGGUGACAGCGCUCAAGACUCUGGUGUUGACAUCCACACCUUCUUCACCAAACCGCCAGCUGCAUCCACAGCUGCAGUCUUCAGGAACCAGGGGAGCGCACAAACAUGUCGGGGGCCACAUCCGCAACAAGAGCGCGAGCGGUGCCUUUCCAUCCUCACUUGGGAAACCAGAACCUUCCUCAGUUUCCAUUCACCCUGUGGCCAAAGAGGACAGAGAGCCUGCUGUUCCUGCUCUCCUCUCUCUGAUACUCUGCCUGGUCCCUGGCCAGUCUGUCAAUGUCACCUUUGAACCUUACUGGCAGGAGCGGGGGGAGGGGCUGGGCACUGACAGUAGACAGAUGGACUCUGUUCUGUAUGCAGAGUUUUUGAUGUGGAGGGAAAAUCCAAGUCUAGACCGCUCCUCUGCCUUCCUCAGUCGCAUCUACAGAGAAGACAUCGGACCCUGCCUCUCCUUCACAAGAUCUGAGCUGUCACAGCUGGUGCAGAGUGCAGUGGAAAACAACUCUUUGACUAUCGAGCCUGUGGCCAUGUCAGCGUUACCGAUGGUUAAAGCUUCAGCUAUAGAGUGUGGAGGCCCUAAUGGCUUUAGGGCAGCAAUAGAGACAAAAUGUGCAUUAAGCGGCAUGUCGCACCUCUGCCGACAUCGUAUUAAACUUGGCGACAAGGGGAGCUACUAUUACAUCUCUCCUUCCAGCCGAGCACGGAUCACGGCCGUUUGCAAUUUUUUUACGUAUAUCCGCUACAUCCAGCAGGGCCUGGUGAGACACGAUGAGCAGAUGUUCUGGGAGGUGAUGCGUCUCCGUAGGGAAAUGACCGUGGCCAAGUUAGGUUUCUAUCUCAACGACCAGGGCUAGAAGACCUGACAGACCACUGAAACACCCGGCAGGACAGCAUGAUCCCAGGACCUUAAUUAUCUGAGUCAGGGUUAAACUGUGGUAACUAACAAACAGGUCUUGGAUCAGUUUUUGUAGCAGAGGUUGUGCAGCAGCAGCAGAGGGUCGAUCAACAAGGGAAGCAGAAAAUGUUCAUGUGCCACUAUUAUGCAAGAAGACAAAGAAUUAAACCAGCACAGCCAGAAAGAAGCAAGUGUUUUUCCCAGAUAUGUAAAAUAUAUUUUUCCAUUAUACUGCAGGCCUCCAGUAAUUCUCUCCACUGGUGUGGAGAAUUGUUUCUGUUACUGAAGUUCCCCGGUGGAGUACACACAACUUCUCAUAUUAAUACAAUAGAUUCUAUGUAUCAUGUUUCAGGCGUUAGUCUGUUGAAAAGAGCACAACGCAUGAAAGCCGAGUUGGUCUCUUAUCUUAAGUAUUACAUACUUAUAUAUAACUAUGUAAUGUAAUAGUUCUAUUGUGAGAUCCACAUAGUUUCAACAGAACAAUUAUUUGGAUUAUUUUACAUAAAGAUAAUACUAACUAGCAUCUUGCAGUUACUACAGCCAAGACUUUUUGUCUCAGCAUGGCCUUAAUUUUGUUGAUGCACUGUUGCACUAACUGUUCUAGAGGCCUCAUAUAAAAACAGCUUCAUGUUAGCUUGGCCUGUAUUUAAUAAUCAGAUAUAUUGUUAAUGAAUUACCGUAGUUAUGACACCCCCACGCUCAAAAUAGUGACAGUUUUACAAAAUAGUCAGAAAAUGAACAAGCUUUAAUACAAGUGAUUGCAAUAUGCACAACGUCUGCAAUGAACAGUAUGUACAUACAGUAAAAGCCAUAAAUGACUUUGCAUGAAUGCAGUACAUAGCCAUAUUAUGCAAUGUAUAUAGGGUGUACCUCAAAGUAUAGAUUUAUUAUUAUUAAUGGACAAUUUUUACAGAAAACAGACUCUUGAAGGUAUUGUGUCAGAAAGUGCAAUAACUGCUUCUUAGCCUUCUUUAGGGCUUUGAGUUUCCUAACCUCAGUGUGCUGAUAAUUACCUGUCUUCCAGUGUAAACACUCCAUUAAAGAUGAGGCAUUGUAGCCUGACUACA